CCAACCGUUCCAUUAUGGUUGACAACCAUUGACAGCCUUUCUUCGCGAAGAUUGAGAAGUAAACACGUGCUUAAAAACAGAAAACAGACAAAAUAUUCUAAUUUACUAACAAUUUUUGGAUAAGCUCUUAAACAGCUUAAUUUAUUGAGAAGCUAAAGAAGGAACAGUUUAAAAAAUGGCAAAAUCUUUGCGAAGUAAAUGGAGGAGAAAAUGCCGGGCAGUUAAACGAGAAAGAUAUGGAGCCAAGGAAUUAGCAAGAUUGAAAAAAACUCUUGGAAUCGAUGAAUCCGCAACUGCCGAAGUUGAUAUGAAGGAAAUCACAGAAAUAGCCACAGUUGUCGAUGCCAAAACGAUAAAAGAAUCCUCGACACAGGAGAAAACGAACGCCGACGAGAUGGAAGUAAUGGACGAAGACGGCAAGCGGGUAUUUAAUACAAAGACAAUGAGAGAUCAGCAUGGAAAUUAUCCAGUUUGGAUGAGUAAGCGAAAAAUUAUGAAAAACAAGAAGGGAAGAGCAAAAUCCAAAAAAGCAACAAGCAAACAAACGAAACGAUUGUCCAGAAAGGAGAAGAAAAAAUUACAAUCGACAAUAACUCCUCAAUAAUCGCUAAUUCGGUAAUUUUGUCUCAUUAUCUUUUUAAGACCCACUAUUUUCUAUAGUAAUAAGUAAUCGAGUAUUAUGACAACUUUUUUUUUUUUUUGUUAAAAUACACGUCUUUUAUUACAAACAUUAAUGUAAAUAUACCGGCGGAUAAAAAUACAAUUUUUAAUAGCUAUUAUUAAAUAUGAAGUAAAUGCAAAAAAAAAUGGCAGUGA